CAUCGCCGAACGUAAACAAUCAAUAAACAGCUGUCAAAUGGGUCGAGGGCAGCAAAAACAGCACACAAAUUUGUCGCACAAUGGAAGAAAACAAUUCGCUCGUGUAUGGGCUCGAGUUUCAGGCUAGAGCUCUCGCGUCGCAGCAGGCCGAAAGCAACGACGUCCGGUUCUUCGUUGCCACGCAAAGCCUCAAGCCGAACAAUCAGCUGCACAUCGUCGAUCUGAACGAGGACAGCUCCGCGCUGCAGUCGCGCAUCUUUGCCCAUCCGUACGGGGAAGUAUGGCGGCUAGCGGCAAGCGCACACGAUUCACGCCUCCUGGCCAGCUGCUACAGUCUGCUGAAGGGUACGCAGGUGGUGAUGGAAACGGCCCUGCUUACGCUGCCCGAAUCGCUCGAACCGAAGGACGGUGAGGAGCAGGAGUUCCUCGCGUUCGAAAACGUGGAAAAGCUGUCCACCGAAGGGUACGGGGUAGAGAUACGUACCACCGAGUUUCAUCCGACCGACGCAAACCAGCUGGCCUGCGUGGUGGAUGGAAAGAUAGUGCUGUUUAACCGGGCGGAAGCGGCGACCCGCGUCGUGGCCGAGAUAAAUGCCAAAAAUGUGCCCAAAUUCACGACCGGCCGGUGGUCUCACUUUCACCAGGGCAAUCAUUUCAUAGCGCUGCAUGAAUGCAGCAUAAAAUCGUACGAUGUGCGAGAUCCCAACCACGUCGUGUGGAGCAUCGACGAAGCCCACAGCCAGCUGGUGCGCGAUCUGGACUGCAAUCCGAACAAGCAGUGCCACAUCGCGACCGGCGGGGACGACGGCGUGCUAAAGGUGUGGGAUUUCCGCAACACCAAAGAGCACGUGUUUGCGCGCAGCGACCAUCACCACUGGAUAUGGAGCGUACGGUUCAAUACGUACCACGAUCAGCUGAUACUGUCCAGCGGGAGCGACGGCAAGGUGCUGCUUACCUGCGCCGGAAGCGUUAGCUCCGAGGCGCCGGAAGUGAUCACGGGCGAUGGGGGUGGUGGUGAGCAGGGUGCCGGCACCGAACCGAGGGAACACUUGGCGGACGGACUGUUGCAGACGUUCGACCAGCACGAGGAUUCCGUGUACGGCGUGGAGUGGAGUACGGCCGAUCCGUGGAUGUUUGCGUCGCUGAGCUACGACGGGCGAAUGAUAAUCUCCAAGGUGCCCAAGCAGUACAAGUACCAGAUACUGCUGUAAAAGGGUCUCGUUUUUUACCAGUAUCCACAGCACAGAGACACAGAGACAUGCCACUUGUUUUCACCAAUAAAGCAUUCCUUAAUUUAUUGUAA